AUGUUAGCUCUCCCCCUCAUCUUGCUCUUACUCUUCUGGACCGCCAUUCAUGCAAUAGUUCGUUCCUUGAACUCAGAAAAGGGUUCGCUGCUGCCUACUGAGCUGCGCAGCUCACGGCCGAGUAGGAAGCUGCGAGGCGGUACCCAUGUCACUGCACGGUAUUUUCACCUGAAGAUCGAAUCGUCGGCCUGGAACCGAUACCACGAUAGUCUCAUCGGCAAACUAGUAUCCAGACGAUUUCAACGGUCAAGCAGAGCUUUGGGAUAUUUCUAUGAUGCUGGGGUCGCGUUUGGGGUCCUGGGAAUGUUAUGUGCUAUAGGAUUGUUGCUUUGGACCUGCGCAAAUCUUUUCACGGAAACGUUUCUUCGUGACUCCGUCGUAGAAGUGCAUCGUGUCGUUAAGAGGGACAAGCAGGAGGCUUCUCGUAUUGAUGUAAGGGGAUCAGGGAGUUUCGUCCAAGCUAUAAUUCCCGGUGUGACCGUUCCUUUCAGUCAUAUCACACCCAUAUUGCUUGCGAUAUUUUUGACCCAAGUGAUUCAUGAGGUUGGACACGCAGUCUCUGGUGCACUCGAAUCUGUCCCCAUUGAUUCGGUUGGCACAGCACUAACCCUAAUCAUUCCUUCUGCAUUCGUGUCCUUUCCUGGUUCAUACCUCGAGACACUGAAGCCGGCAUCAAGAGCUAGGAUCAUCGCCGCUGGCCCGUGGCACAACGCCGUUUUUUGGAUCAUUCUGGUUUUCUUGGGAUGGCUCCGGCUGAGCUACUAUUCACUAACGUUGUUCGCCUAUGAAGAUGUAUCAGGACUCGGUAGAGUUGUUUUGGACGUGGAAAGUGGUACAGUUUUGGAUGAAUACCUUCCCAAAGGGUCUAUCAUUACCCAGCUAGACGAUAUGCGCGUCAAUGGAACUGAUGAUGUUUGGAGUACCUACCUAGCUGCGUCACAGCCCGCCACUUCAGACGGGUGGUGUGUUGACAAGGACACCUUUUUUGAGAGUCCUAGGUCAUGUUGUUUAGAAAGAGUUGCGGUAUCGCUGCUUUCCUGCUUUACCACCGACAGUGAUACGAGCUGUCUAGACGCUGUCCCGCUUCUAACGAAACCCAAAGAAAGUGUACGAUGCGGCUCUAUCUCAAGUUGUGAAGGGAACAUGAUAUGUGUCCGACCAACCGAAUCAGCUCAGCUGCUGCGUAUCUCAGUCCGACUACCUGGCCAGGAGGACGACGAAAUCAUAUUGUGGCGUGGGCCCAAGAAAGAAGUCUUGCAGCAAGGUGAGAGCAAUGAAGCGGAGGCACUGCAGCACAUUCAUUGCUAUACCUCCAGUGCAACUUGGAAUACUGAGGCCUCGGCUCAGUUUGUUCCCGCUAUGGCUCCCCUCGAUACUAUUCGUGUUGGAAGGGUAUCUCAAGAUGGCUACGUUCUCACUAUAUCUCUUCAAUCUACUUCCAUUGCCCUACCUUGA